CUGUCCUUUGCUUUACUCCUCCCUAGCCGGCACGCUGUGUGUUCCUUCCGACGUUUUUCAAAAAAGUUGUUUUUUCCCUAAAUAUUGUACCAAAGAAGAUGUUUCCGCAACGCAGCUCAGAGGUUUACCGCACUCCGGUGACCCACCAACCACCGCCCGCUCUGGAGCUGGCCGGGAACCUGGAGUACCCGAAUCUCAACGUUGCGGAUCUGAAUGCUCGGCUGGAGAACCUUUCGCCGCGACUCCACGACUGCUGGGACAGUAUUGCCAUCAAUGAGCACAACCAUGUGGCACUGGCCACCAAUCGACGCGAAGGACGCCACUGGUGGGGCAUGUUCUUCGGCUACGAACGCAGCCGUAUAAACCACAUGACCGUGGACAACGCAGACUUCAAGCUGCAGGCGGAUCACACGGUGAAUCUGGUUCGAUAUGCCGAAAACAAUGUCCUUUUGGUGGCUCUCGGAGAUACUCGCCUGCAGGCCUGGUCAACCUACUCCAAGGUGCGCAAUCCGCAAGCGCCCUACUGCCUGUUUCUUGUGGGUGAAUCCUGCGCGCAUCCCACGCCCAUCAGUCAACUGAACGUCUUCAAGGCGGAUCCAAGAAGGGCAGUCUCCGCCUCAGCCGAUGGCACUCUUAAUGUCUGGGAUCUUUCGGGUGCCGAUCUGGAGAGCUCUUACCAUUCACGCACCUCGCACACGAAUAAGUUGACUGGCCUGGGCACGCCUUCGGCUUCGGCCGAUAAGUUUGUGACCUGUGAUCGCGGCGGUAGUGCCCUGCUUUGGGAUGUCCGGGCAGCGGCUCCGUCUUCCACGUGCCUCUAUGCAGACUCCAGCCAUCUGCUGAGCUUCACUUGCGCCGCCUGGGCCGCUUCCACGGAGCUGGAGGGCGACAAUAACAUUUAUCUCGGCGACUAUGAUGGAAAGGUUCAUACGGUGGACAUCCGAGUGCCACGGAAACUGGUGGAAUCUCGGGAGUACUUCGACAAGGGACAUGUCUCGCAACUUUUAAUAAAUGGGCCGCAUCUGGCCGCCACGAGCAAUUUUCCUGCCUCAGUGAAAGUGGUCAAAGUUCAGGCGGGCCAUGAGAUCAUCUACACGCACCAGGACACCCAUUCCCGCACCACGGAUGCCGUUUGGACUGACGAAUGCACCCUCAUUACCAUCGGACACGGCCGGAAAAUGGUGACUCAUUCGAUAAGGAAAUGUGCUUAAGGGAUCCAGUUUCUCCUUAAGUAUUUUUUUGCAUUUACUUUUUUUUAUGAUAUGCUUUCUUUAUGCUUGGCCUGACUGAGGUGCUAUGACUUUAGCUUAUACAACACUUAUAUAUAACUAUUAAUAAAUGUAUAUAGACGUA